AUGGAUAUAAAACCAGCAAACAUUUUAAUAGCAAAGACAUUAAUGGCUAAAAUAACCGACUUUGGUGAGGCUCUUGAUAAAACAAAAAAUAUUGAGAAAAAGAAAAAUAAGGAAUGGCAAAUAACCAUAAUGCUUGAAUAGUGAGUUAAAAAUAAUAAUUUCUCUUAGGUUUUCGAAUAAAUUUUUAGCAUUAUGCAAAUUAACAAUAAUUUUUUAAAGAAAGCGUAUAGAUUGCAAAUCUUAUAUUGGAAAGUGUGACGGAUAGGCUUAUAUAGAUCAAAAGGUAUACAACUUUCUUAUUAUUAUUAAGUAUUUACAGCGAUUGCUUGCAAGAUAAUUUCUGGAGAAUUAAUAAUUCAUUUAGAUUUGGUUGUUUUUGUACUGA